AAGAGUUUACUGAUGAAUAUAUAUAUGAAUACCAUUCCAUGCCUCUAAUUGCUCCCCAAUUAGAUUCUGUCCCCAAAUUCUAUAAAUAUAAUAUACUACUAAUUCUUACUUGCACGCUUUGCCUCACUCGCUACUCUUCCCUGUUCCGGCAAGGCUCUUGUCCUCUUCUUUUUGCUCUCUUCUUCUCCAAUCUCCAUGGCUGCUCCCUCCCUUCUUCCGCUACUUCUCGCCCUCACCUCACUCUUACUACCCGCCAUCUCCGCCUCUUCCUCCUCCUCCUACUUUCCCUGCUCAUUCCCUGCCAUCUUCAACUUCGGCGACUCUAACUCCGACACCGGUGGCUUGUCGGCUGCCUUCUCCACCGUCUCUGAGCCUAACGGGGAGACCUUCUUCGGCACUCCAUCUGGGAGACCCUGCGAUGGCCGCCUUGUCAUCGACUUCAUCGCUGAGACACUUGGACUUCCUUUUAUCGGCGCGUAUCUUGAUUCGAUGGGGACAAAUUUCUCCCAUGGUGCCAAUUUUGCCACAGCAGGAUCGACAAUCCUAAGACAGAACACGACUUUCUUCCAAACUGGCUACAGCCCCUUCUCUUUGGAUGUGCAGGUCCGCCAGUUUGAACAGUUCAAAACUAGAUCCCAACUAGCUUACUCUAAAGGAGCCGCCUACAAAGAUUUGUUACCUCCGGAAGAAUACUUCGCCAAGGCCUUGUAUACAUUCGACAUCGGCCAAAAUGACCUCACUUCCGGCUAUGUCAGCAACAUGACAACAGAGCAAGUUAAAGGAACCAUCCCUAUUAUCCUGGACAAAUUUACCGAUGCUAUCGAGAGUGUUUAUGGACUGGGUGGGAGAUACUUUUGGAUCCAUAAUACAGGACCAGUUGGCUGCCUGCCUUACAUUCUAGCUCGAUACCCUCUUAGAGAACCCGAGGUCGACCCUAUUGGUUGCGGAGCUCCAUUCAAUGAAGUGGCUCAACUGUUCAAUGCCAAGCUUAAGGAAACUAUAGUGCAACUCAGAAAGACAUUUCCUUGUGCUGUGUUCACCUAUGUCGAUGUCUACACCGUCAAGUACUGGCUCAUAAGCCAUGCGGAAAGGCUCGGGUUUGAACAACCUUUUGUGGCUUGCUGCGGGCACGGAGGGAAGUACAAUUUUGACGCACGGUACGGUUGCGGAGCUACAGAGACGAUCAACAACACCAAGAUUAUCAUCUCAAACACAUGCACGGAUCCUUCGAAGAGGAUAUGUUGGGAUGGAUAUCACUACACUGAGGCCGCUAAUAAAUGGGUGUUUGAUCGCAUUGUGAACGGUGCCUUUUCAGACCCACCAAUCCCAGUAGCCAUGACUUGCAGAAGGUGAGAAGCUCAUCCAUGAAGGCAUUAUUCAAUAAGAUCAUAUUGUGUUGUCAAAGAUAAAUGAAUCAACAAUUUAGAUUAUUUUUUUUUUAAAGCAUAGAGUCCAAUGACGUAAAAAUCUAUAUUGUUAAUGGGAUAAAAUUAUUAUUAUUAUUA